AUGGCUCCCAUCACCAAGGAGACCGACUACCUCGUCAUUGGCGGAGGCAGUGGAGGUCUUGCCUCUGCGCGCAUGGCCAGCAGCAAGUUUGGCGUCAAGGCUACUAUUGUCGAAAACAAGCGACUCGGUGGAACUUGUGUGAACGUUGGCUGUGUGCCAAAGAAGGUCACUUACAACGCCGCCGCCCUCGCCGAAGCCAUCCACGACGCAAAGGCCUAUGGCUUCUCCGUUGAACAAACCGCUCCCUUCGACUGGUCCACCUUCAAGACCAAGCGUGACGCCUACAUCAAGCGUCUGAACGGCAUCUACGAGCGAAACCUCAACAACGAUAAGGUAGACUACCUACACGGAUGGGCGCGCCUCGUUUCCAAGAACCAGGCUGAGGUCACACUCGACGACAACUCCAAGGUCCUCGUCAACGCUAAGAAGAUCCUCGUCGCUGUCGGCGGCAAGCCUACUAUCCCCCCUGACAUCCCCGGCGCCGAGUACGGAACCAACAGUGAUGGCUUUUUCGAUAUCUCGACACAGCCCAAGAAGGUUGCUAUUGUCGGCGCUGGUUACAUCGCCGUCGAGUUUGCUGGCAUGUUCAAUGCCCUUGGCACGGAGACUCACCUCUUUAUCCGCCACGACACUUUCCUUCGAAACUUCGAUCCCAUGAUUCAGGAGAGCGUCACUAAGGAGUAUGAAAGACUCGGUGUUAAGCUGCACAAGCGCUCGCAGGCCAGCAAGGUCGAGAAGGAUUCCAACGGAAAGCUUACCAUCACGUACAAGGAUGAUCAGGGCAACGAGAGUGUUGUCAGCGAUGUCGACAAUCUGAUCUGGGCUAUUGGCCGCACUCCUGAGACUAAGGGUAUUGGUCUUGAGGAGGCCGGAGUUAAGCUUGGCGAGAAGGGACAUAUCCUCGUCGACGAGUACCAAAACACUGCAGUCGACAACAUCUACGCUCUUGGUGACGUUACCGGGGAAGUUGAGCUGACCCCAGUCGCUAUCGCAGCUGGUCGCCGUCUUGCACACCGUCUGUUCGGCGGUCCCGAGUUUGCUAACCUCAAACUCGACUACAGCAACGUCCCCUCAGUCGUCUUCUCGCACCCUGAAGUCGGCAGCAUCGGUCUCACCGAGCCCCAAGCCAUCGAGAAGUACGGCAAGGACAACAUCAAGGUCUACAAGACAAGCUUCACAGCCAUGUACUAUGCCAUGAUGGAGCCUGAGCAGAAGGGACCAACAAACUACAAGCUGAUUGUUACUGGACCUAAGGAAAAGGUGGUCGGUCUUCACAUUAUGGGAUUGGGUAGUGGUGAGAUGCUGCAGGGCUUUGGUGUUGCAGUCAAGAUGGGUGCCACAAAGGCCGAUUUUGAUAGCUGUGUUGCUAUUCAUCCCACGAGCGCUGAAGAGCUUGUUACUUUGAAAUAG